UUCUCCUAUUUGUAAUUCUUUUAUCCAAGCUAGCAAGCUAUGGCUCACUACAUCACUGCUCACGACCCCAACGGAGCCGCCAUUUUUGCCGAAGGUUCCACCGAACAACAUGCGAUACCUAUUCCAAUCGGCGAGAUUAAGAUUCUUUCCUCUAGCCACUCGUUCCCGAUGGAUCUCUCCAGCGAGGCUGAUGUCGAGCAAUAUCGUGAAGACCGCACCACCACGUUUUUUCGCGGGAGCCGUCGGAUCUGCCCCGAGGGCGGGACCGCCACAUGUAUGAUCACGAUGGAACCCGGGGCGGAGAGUUCUAUGCACCGAACCAUGACUUCGGAUACGGUGGUACUCCUUGAAGGCGAGAUGGAGAUCACGUUGGACUCCGGGAAGACGCGGACUCUGAAAGCGGGCGAUGUGCUGGUGCAGCAAGCUACGAUGCACCGAUAG